GUUGUAUACGACAAUGAGCGAUGACUUAAACAACCGAAAUAUCGAUUAAACGAUAAAUAAUCCGACAAACAUCAGCAGCAGUAUCACGAUAAUGUUACAGUGAGAGAAGAGGAGGAGGAAUAAUGGCGGAGGAGAGCAGCGAGCAGCUUUCUUAUACUAAAAAUCUCAUCGGCACACUCUUGGCUAUCUUCGGGAACUGUCUCAUCAGCAUCGCUGCGACCAUACAGAAACGUAGCCAUGUGGUGUUGGCGGGCACGAAGGAUCCGAGGCAGUACUACUGCACAAAGACGUGGUGGUUUGGGUUUGCGCUGAUGCUGAUCGGAGAAGGAACCCUGUUCGUGUCCUACGCCUACGCCCCGCUGUCUCUCAUAGCCCCCCUCAGUGCUGUCUCCCUUGUAGCCAGCUGCAUUCUGGGUUUCCUGUUUCUGAAAGAGAAAUUAAAACCGACAGAGUUUUUGAAGCGCUACAUCUUGACGUUCCUUGGCUGCGCCUUGACUGUGGCAGGCACCUACCUCUUCGUCACGUUCGGGCCCAACUCCCACGAAAAAAUGAACGCCGAGAACAUUGUGAAGCAUCUGACCGGCUGGCCUUUCCUCCUGUACCUGUUCAUAGAGAUCAUCGUCUUCUGCUUGCUGCUGUAUUUCUAUAAGCAGCGGAAUGCAAACUACCUGGUGGUCAUCCUGCUCCUAGUGGCACUGCUCGGAUCUGUGACUGUGAUCUCAGUGAAGGCCGUUUCUGGGAUGGUGGUCCUCAGCAUUGAGGGCUCUCUGCAGCUUGGUUAUCCGAUCUUCUAUGUCAUGUUUGUCUGCAUGGUAGCCACCAUCAUUUUUCAAGCAUCCUUUCUAGCACAGGCGUCUCAUUUGCAUGAUUCCUCCCACAUCGCUUGUGUCAACUACAUUUUCUCGACAGUGUUUGCUAUCGGCGCAGGAGCUGUAUUCUAUCUGGACUUUAACCAUGAGGAUGUUCUACACAUCUGUAUGUUUUUACUGGGAUGUGCCACAUGCUUCCUGGGAGUUUUCUUAAUCACCAGGAACAAGAGGAAAGCCAAACCGUUCGAGCCCUACGUGACCAUGGACAUGGUGAAAGGUAUUCCGACCAUCCAUGACAAAGGCUGGCCCGUUCAGCCCGACUACAACGGCUCUUUUUCCUACGGCGCUCUUGUAAACAAUGACGGCAAUGCGCAUGCAGGUCCACCGGGAUCAAAUCAACAACACCCACCUACAGCACCAGAGCUGAAAAAAGACUAAUUACCCCUACCUUUAACACCAUUAAACCGUAACCCAAAAUAAAUUUAACCCUCCGUUCACUCCGGUUUGGGAUGAACGUUUAGUUUUGCACUCUUAUCAUGUCUGGCUAGUCUGAGGGAAAACGAAGGCGUUAAGAUUGAACUGAAUGAAACUACUGUGGGACCUAAAGGGAUGUUAUGAUCCUGCCUUAUCACUCCUAACUUCAGGCUGUUUGUGUAUUAAGAUUAACUUUAGAACAACAAUAAUGUAAGUAUAUCAUAAUCAUUUCCUACGGCGGCAGUUGAGGGUCAUUUGAGGGCUUUGUGUGCUACCACUGCUCCGUUACUGCUACCACUGCCGUACCUUUGAUUGAUUCUUGAUAAUGAAUUAGACUUUUGUUUCAGUGUGCAUUAUUAACCUACAUUUAUACUAUUUAUAACCCUUUCAUAGUCUAGUGAUCAUUUAGAUUGGUUGUCUCAAGUGAUCACUUCUGAUCGCAUUUUGUGACACCCAGGGUUGCCAGGUGUUAAUAAAAGUGGCCCAAUGUUGCAUCAAGAUGAGCUUAAAACGGGUGCUCCGGAGGCCCACCAAUACUGACCACUCAAACUCUCGAGUUGGAAUGUCAGCUUUGCCAUCGGCCAGCUGGGCAUCUACACAGACAUGAUUGGCUAUGUCUGAGGGAGGGUGGGCCAAAAAGGUUCCUCAUUGCUGCUGCAAUUGCGGCCUCUGCUGGCUGGUCGAUGGCGAGACAGGGAAUAAUUGAACACAUAUAAACCAGAGGUAACCUUGAGGGUGGGCGGACCAAAAGGAUUCCUCAUUGCUGCUGCAAUCACGGCCAAUUGAACACAUGUAAACCAGAGGUAACCUUGAGCCCACCAAUGCUGACCUCUCAAGCUGGAUUGUCAGCUCUGCUAUCGGUCGGCCGGGCAUCUACACAGACAUGAUUGGCUGUGCCUGAGGGAGGAAAGGUUGGAAGGAUUCCUCAUUGCUGCUGCAAUUGUGGCCUCUACUGGCUGGGUGGUGCCUACAGGGAAUAAUUGAACACAUUGAACCAAAGGUAACCUCGAGAUGAUCUGGUAUAUAAGCAGAUCGUGGACUGGUUGUAAAUCAAGUCUAUUUAGUCAAAAUAAUUGAACCAAAGGUAACCUCGAGAUGAUCUGGUAUAUAAGCAGAUCGUGGACUGGUUGUAAAUCAAGUCUAUUUAGUCAAAAUAAUUGAACCAAAGGUAACCUCGAGAUGAUCUGGUAUAUAAGCAGAUCGUGGACUGGUUGUAAAUCAAGUCUAUUUAUUUGCACUAUUAAAUAUUUAGUGUUUUUUAGUGUGACUUGCUACUGACUUCACAGACACUCCAAUUCUGUGCUUUUCAGGUUGUUUACCAUGUCUUGUACAGUAUGGGGGGUAUGUAGAAUUCUUUCUUUUUGUUUUGAGAUGACUACUGAUUUAAAUUCUCACAUAUUUUCCUCUAUUUUUAAGACCUCUGUGCCUUUAGUGUAGAACAUAAUGCAUAAUGUAUAGCUCUACUAAUUCAUUACCUUGUUGUGGUCACUGGAUUUCUUAUACAGAAGGUAAAUCCUAAUUCUUAGCAUAGAAGUAAAAAUCAUACUGUCUUCAUUUGUAAUUCUGAGGAAUUACUGCCUAACGUCUUAACCGAAGGGAAAUGUAUUAAACGGGAUCGUUUAUAGGCUCUGUGUUACACUGUGACUGGAAAGCCAAAAACGAAACACUGUCUGGCCUUUUAAAAACUGACUUUUUAUGUUGAUCUGAAAACAGCUAUAAAACUGUACUGGUGUUUUUUGUUUGUUUUAUCUUUGCAUGCCGUUUAAACUAUAGUGAAACGUUUGGUAUCAGUAAUCGUAUUAACUCUCCAGUAUGAUCAGUAUGAUGAAAUCUGUGUGUCUGUUGGGGGAAAAAUGACUUUCUGGAAUGUAAAAGCAAAAGUUACUGCCGUGUACUCCUAUAAAUACAUGUCCGCUUUUAUUAAAACUGUUUAAUGAAUA